AUGGAGGAAGCUGGGCAAGAUAACAAGACUACAAUCGCAGUCGCAGCUCGGACUUCUGAUGCCUCGCUUGAACCUCUGACAGCUGCAGCUGCAGUCAGCACAAACUUCACUUUUACUUGCAAUGUCCAAGCAACGGUGAUAUCUACGGCAACGGAAACAUCUUCUCAGCUGGAGUCCGCGACCUCCAGCUACCAUCAACCGCCGGCUGAAAAUUUGGACUCCGCCUCGCCUGUUGAGCCUGCCAAAGAAGUAACUCCGCCACAACCAUGCGGCCAGGAACCCCAGACCGCUGCGGAGCCAGAAGCAUCAAAGGCGGCUGCGCCGCCCAGUGAAGACACUGGUCCAAAUGAAGUCGACGCGGCGUUGCCGCUGAGGGUACAAGCUGAACCGGAGAUCACUGAGCAGGAGCCAGCCACGACAGUCCUCGAGCAGGACGAAGCAGGAGGCUCUCCCAAAAUUUGCGAUGAAGUAAGCGACUCGGAUGUCCCAAAUCUGCGAACCGUACAAGAAGCUGCUGAGUACUGGUUCGAGAGCUCCGUAUUCGAAGAAUAUUUCCAAGCACUUCGAUUCCGUGUGGGCAAAGGGAUACGGGAAAGCGAAUUCUGGAUUCACACGUCCGUGCUGCGUGAGCGAGCCGAUGCCUUUUACGACAAACUGAUCGACGAGAACUUGCUGCACAACAUUUCCGACGAGGAUCAGCGGCAAGAGGCCAUCUUGACAUCAUGUGCGAAGUCCACGUUCCGCCUCUUUGCAAGCUGGCUGUACACGGGCCAAAUUAUUGCUCUGCCGCUUUCGUGUCGCGAUCAUCCAGAAGAUUUCGAACCAGAAAAUAUGCGGCGCAUGGUAGCGGGCUCGAAGAUCUCUGUCGAUCAGGUUCACGACAUUGACUUGGUGCGACUCUACAAGUUUGCUUGUGACGAGAAAAUCCAAGAUGUUGCCAACUUAGUUGUGACCACGCUAUUCGUGCAGAACGACCAGAACGGCAAAACAGCGUCCAGAGGGGCCAUAUCUUUCUUGGUGGACAACGUUUCCCGUGGAGAUCCGAUACAUAUGCAAAUCGUAUAUGAGUGUUGUCGUCGCAUGACUUCCCGCAAUGUGGUUGCAAGCCUCGGCGACUUUCCCAGAGAGUAUGGGCAGAAUGUUCUCAAAGAGAUUCUCAAGCAGCGAGAGAAGCCCGAAGGACCAAAGCUUUCAAAGAACCAGCAAAAGAAAGAGCACAGGCGGCAGGUGUGCGAAGCGCACGCCCAUCGCACCAUGGCAGAAGCUACAGCGUGUCAGAAAGAACUUGUUGAUCGGACAGGGCGAAAGAUCUUGAACAGCUCGACUCAUGACCUGUACGGAGGUGUACUCACCGUUACAGUGGGCCCCGAAAGAUUACUUUUCACUGUGCACAAAGGCUUGGUCUGCAAACACUCGGAUUAUUUCGCAGGCGCCUUUCCUAUCUCCUGGUCUGUCUUUAAGGAAGCGCAGGAGAGCAAGGUCGACUUACACGAAGAAACCGUUCGAGACUUCUCGUUGUUCAUGAACUGGCUGUAUGAACAAAAGCUCUGCCUUCCUCGCGCUGGUGACUACAGCGAUCUUGAUGAUUACCAGGAUGAGAUAGAAUUCAUUCUCGAGACAGUCUCGCCGAAGGAAAAUGCGCCAGCAAGCGCCAGCAAGGACAGCGUCGCCGAUGCUUUGAAUACUGUGCAAAAUCAAGACGCCAAACCGGCCCUUGACUCGCCAUCCGAAGCAGGAUCCGAGGCGUCUGAUGACGAAGACAGUGAUGAUGACGACGAGGAGUUCGGCGGAGGCCUUGCUCUUCAUCCCCGCCAACAGUCGAUGCUAGUGGAUCUGUUCGCUUUCGCGGACCGCAGAGGCGUCGAGAAACUACGAAACGAUAUCAUGACGCUUCUGGCCAGGACACGCGAAGACGGUUGGCGUCUCUUAUCCUUGCAUCACGAGCUGGUCGACAAAAUCUACAGCUCACUGCCGUCCAGCUCCGCAAUGUGUGGCUUUGUGGUUGAUGAGGCCGUCUGGUGUUGGUCUACAAACCCGAUGGACACAGAUGCGCUCGAAUCGUACCCCAAGGAGUUCUACGCUGCAUUUAUCAAGGCUGUGCUCAAGCACGAUAGGGACAUCACAUGUUUGAACACACCAUGGCGUACCAAUCUCUGCAAAUACCACAACCACAAGACCGAGUUCGACAAGGUGAACUGUCGGGAGGCGCUCCAAACGUGGUAUACGGCUUUAGAGGUAAGAAGCCAAGAUGAGUACAUUGCCAAAUACGGCGCCUUCGCCAAGAAGUACUUCGAACGGGGAUGA